CAAAGGAUCUUCGGGAAAAAUGGAGGUUGAAGGAAUUAUAGAAAUGUUCCGUCGAUCAGAGUUGUUGUAUGGCAUCAAAUAUUCGAACUAUAUUGGGGAUGGCGAUAGUAAGACAUUCAAAGGACUAUUAGAUUGCGAAGCAUACGAUAAUUUUACUGUACAGAAGAAGGAGUGCAUAGGACACGUGCAGAAGCGCAUGGGAACACGGCUUCGAAAUUUGAAAAAAAAUAACAAAGGUCUGAGUGGGAAAGGCAAACUGACCGGAAAAUUAAUAGAUGAACUCGCUUUAUAUUAUGGUUUAGCGAUAAGGAGAAAUUCGAAUUCAGUAGAAGAUAUGAAGAAGGAAAUAUGGGCGACGCUUCACCAUAAAAUUUCUACCGACAGCAAGCCCCAGCACCAGUUCUGCCCUGUCGGAGAAACAUCCCGGUGUAGUUACCAAAAAGCAAUAGCUACUAAUACACUAUCUUGCUACAAACAUAAACCGCCAAUGCCUGAUGUUGUUUUUAAAGCAGUACAACCAAUUUAUGAAGAGUUGAGCAAGGAUGAGGUAUUGAAUCGCUGUCUUGGAGGCUACACACAAAAUAAAAAUGAAAGUUUUAAUGCAAAUGUGUGGGCGAUAGCGCCGAAAACACAAGCAAUCGGCAAAAAAACGUUGCAAAUUGCAGUGGAUUUGGCUGUUUGUAAUUUUAAUGAUGGGUACAGAAGAUACAUACAAAUCAUGGAAGUGCUGAAUCUCAAAAUUGGCCGGAAUUGUUACCAAUUAUGCGAGGAGUACGACGCAACGCACGUGAGGAAGGGCGAAAAACAUAUGUCGAAGUAUGCAAAAGAGGCUAGAAAGUCACUAUUAGCGGCCAGAAAGGAAGAAGCUGGCGGCUGACGAGUUGGCAGAAGGUCCACUUUAUGGAGCAGGCAUCGCAGACUAAUGGUUGACUAGUUCUGUCGAAAUCAGGCCCACCAGUGGAGCCCGUUCUACGAAAAGUGUUCCCCUAAUUGGAACAGGAAACCGCCAUUUUGUGAUGAAAAUCAAAUUAAAAAAAUAUUUUUUACAAUACAAAAGAUGUAUAAUAAAACCCUUGAAUUGGCAUUCUAAUCAAGAUAUUCAUUUUCCCCCUAAAAAUUCACAAACUUAAGGCUGAUUUUCGGGUCUCAAGGGUGGGGUCCCCCCUUAAAGAACUGUCGACAUGCCCUUUUGUAUUUUUACGACACGACGCGGUCAAGGGUCCGUUGCACUCACCGUACGUCGCACAGUGGCGAAAAACGGCGAAAACGUGGACAAAAGGCAAAAAAUGAAAAUCGCAAUUCUUGAAAUCCGUUUAAUGGAAUUAGUUUAUAAGGAAUCUGUGCAUACUGUUUUCACAGUUUUAAUGAUUUUAUUACUACCAUUUCGAAGAUAUGAGCCUCCAAAGUUGAACAUUUUUUAAAGUCAAUUUUUCCGGGUAAAGUUUAACAUAAUGCUGUUCAUUAUUUUUUAAAUAUUAUGUUCAUCCAUUAUUAUCGGCUGUUUAUAUGAUACUUUAACAUUAUAAUUAUGUAGGUUGCACAACAAAAUGUUUAUUAUUAACACUGAUAUGGAAAAACAUAUAAACCAUAGUCAUAUUUAAUGUUUGUGUAAGGUAAAAGUUGUGAUCUUCACCUCGGUUCACCUACCAAAUAGGCUUAAAUGAAAGCUGGAAGCUUCCCGAACAAGAAUCUAUAACAAUAUCUUGC